AUGGAUGAGAUUGACGGCUCUCUUUCGGUUUUUGAUCCUAAAGAUAUAGGUAAUGAUCGCUAUGUCAUCUUGUCUAUAGAUUCGGAUGACCCAAAAGCCCUGUCAGAGUGUCACUUUAUUGGUUCAGAUUCAGAGGACACAGUGGACCUCAGGUGCAUCGUCGUCGCCGGGCUCGUGAACCAGCCCGUACGGCUAAGCAAGACGAUACCUGGGCUCGUGAACCAGCACCGUGCAGAAUUUACUCGGUGGCAAAAUGAACACGCUUUAAGGCCUUCAGAUAACGCCGCCUCACUGUUACGGACCCCUUUCACCACCGAGAUCAUGGCUCAACCGUAUCCGCUCGACCUGCGCAUUCCCAGUAAUAAGGAAUAUGAUGGUCGAACAGACCUGGAGGUCCACAUCAACACCUACUAUGGGAACAUGCUUAUGAUGGAUGUGAGUGAUGCCGUGAUGUGUCGAGCUUUUUACUCGACGUUAUCUGGACGAGCGGCCGAGUGGUUUAAAACGUUGGACCCAGGGUCUAUAUCCUGCUUUGCUAACCUGGCGAUGAAGUUCAAUCGGAAGUUUGUGACGUCGAAAAUCAUCCGGAAGCCUUACAUGUACCUGGAGAAGGCUAAGCAAUUGGAAGGGGAAACGUUAACCGAUUUUUUGGUUAAAUGGAAAGCGGCUGUGGGAGAGGUCGAGCCCAUGGAUGAUCUCACCGCGAUCCAUAUGUUGCAUAUUUCUUUAAGAGCCGGAUAUUUAUAUCAGAACUUCAUACUCCAUCCCCCGACCACGUAUGAAGAAGCUCUUCGCCGAGUGACCGACUACGCCAACGCCGGAGAAGCCAAUGCCGUUAAACGGUCACAGGAAGUUGGUUCAUCCCGGAAGCCCCCUGGUCGAUUGGACAAUCGGUCGGCAGAACACAUCCGAUCCCGAACUCGCCCGGACGACUUCACUGCUUUGAACCGCUCGGCCGCGGAAGCCCUGCAAUAUGCUCAAUCAUGCAAUCUCAUUCGGUUACCACGUCCUGGGCAAGAAGGGAAGGACAAGUCAAAGCACUGUGCUUAUCACCGAUGCGCUGGGCAUGACACUGAAGAAUGCACGACUCUGAGACAGUUAUUAGAAGACCUCCUUCAAGCGGGAAAGCUGGAUAAGUGCGUGGGGAAAUGGGAAGAGAGCAAAAGAUCUACUGAAGAAGAGACCAUCGGCGAUGCCUGCAGAGCCCGAGAACCCUGCCCGGUUGCGAUCGUGGAAUCUCGUGAGAUCGGCAAGCGACAAAAAAUGGAGCCAAUCACCUUCGCGCUGGAAGAUCAGCCCGAGACCGGAGAUACGGGGAUGGAGGCUCUGGUCGUCACGAUUGAUAUCAUGGGCGUGGACGUGCAGAGGGUGAUGGUCGAUACUGGAAGUAACGUGAAUGUACUAUACCUGGACGUUUUUGAAAAAUUAAAACUUGAUCGUCGAGCGUUGACUCCGGUCGGAGCACCUUUGUCUGGAUUUACUGGGGACACUAUCCACCCCGAAGGAAAAAUUACCUUGCUGGUCGAAUUUGGUACACCUCCUAAGUCGGUCAAAACACAAAUGGAGUUUGUUGUGGUCAAUUUUCGUUGUGUCCAUAUUGCUAUCUUGGGUCGCCCGACAAUCAUGAGGGUCGGGGGAAUUAUAUCCAUGCCCCAUCUUUGCAUGAAGUUCCCCACCUCGGCUGGGGUCGGAGUGUUGCGUGGGGAUACCCAAUCGGCCAUGAAAUGUUAUUCCCGAGCGGUCAAUCGGCAGGAUUCAGGUUCUUCAGGAGUGAAUACCAUCAUCAAAGAGGUCGAAAGAGACCGAAAGGAGCAACUCGAACCUUUUGAGGAAAUAGAAGAAGUCUCAUUGUCUAAAGACCGACCUGAACGAAAGGUCAAGAUCGGUCGAGCUCUGACCCCCGAGCUUCGAUUAAAGGUCAUGGCUAUCCUUUAG